GAUAUCAUCUUAAUGGCAAACUGAGGUUCCAGCCACGAGAGGGCAUCAUCUGAUUUUUUGCCUGAACCGGAUGAGGCGAGGCGACGCUGUGGGUGGAGUUUUCGAGUUCAGGCGGGAAAAACAAAUACGUGAUGACGCAACACGUUUAAUGAAUUGUUUCUGCGAUGGCGCCCAACAAAAUAAAACAUAUCGUCUCGUUUACAUCACAGGAUAGUAAGAAUGGUGUGAAUAAUCUGUGUGAUGGCAGUGACAGCAGCAGACCGUGGUUGUGCAGCGUCCAGGACCGCAGUGGAGUUCUCAGGGUGGAAUUACAGAUGGAGCGAGCAUCUGCUAUAGGAUUCAUUGAUGUUGGCAACUGUGGCUCUGCGUUCAUUCAGGUUGAUGUUGGCCGCUCCUCCUGGUCAUUAGACCAUCCCUAUGUCACCCUGCUGCCCACUGCAACACUCAUGAGUCCAGCGGACUCGAAACAGGGCAUUGGCCGUCAAAAUGUGCGCAUGUUUAAAAAAGCUGAUUUUCUCUCUCAGACUGCCAAGGAGAGCUGGGACAGACUGCGUGUCACCUGCACUCAGCCUUUCAACAAAUGGUCACAGUUUGGUCUGUCCUUUCUGCGCAUCCGCACCAUGGAAGACGAGGCCGAAGAUUCCUCAGCGCAACAUGAAGAUAUUGCUGCUGAAAAUCUGCGCACACCAGAAAAGAUGACAUCCAUGAUGGAGUGGCUUUCCAGCCCAGCUAUCCAAAACACGUUUUUUGGACGAAUCACGGGGAAUGUCUCCUCAGAUGCCCAAAGGAAUGCUGGGAGUUUGAGUCAGGCAGAGCGCAUGGUCAUAGCCGCCCACUCUAACAGACGCUCCUUGUCAACAUCCCCCUGCAGUACUACAUCCAGCACAACACCUCCAAGAGAAGAUAAUGUGAAAACCCCACCAGGUGGAUUUAGGACUUCCAGUGACCAAAUAAAGACUCCUCAGGAGCAAAGGAAGAAGUCUAAGGCACGGCAGAGCCUUAUAAACAGUGGCGCUCCACGGAAGAAAUCCAGACCUACAGCAUCCACCCAUAAACCCAGCUCAACAAACCCACACAGAAGUGCCCACCAGGUUCCACAGGGCUCUCCUGAGACGAGAUGUCCUCUUUGUGGAGAAUCCUUCAGUCCUGAUGAUCUGCCUUUCCAUGCUUCCACCUGCCUGGAUGGUGAUUCAGCGGAGCUCAUGGGAGUCAGGGAAACAGAGGUCAUGAGCUCACAGCACUCUUCUGUUUUUGGCUCUGGCGCAGAUGAGCAGCAUAUGGUUCCAUGUCCUCUGUGCUCCUUCCGAUUCCCCCUAGACUGUAUCCAGCAGCACGCCAGCACCUGUGGAGACACAGUAGAGCCUGGUACUGUGUGGCUGAACUGAGUGAAGCGCAUGUGGCCUCAGAAACCUUUUCAAAAUAGCAACAUCAGGUAUUCUCUUGGUUUCUCUGGCCUUGGACAAAACACCUGUCAAUAAACAUUGUGUAUCCUACUGGCUUAUGAAUUUUGCAGAAUGUACAUGCCUCCUAAAUGACUGUGUUUUUAUUGUUUUUAGAGACAUUAUAGCAUUGGUCACUAUGAAAUGUUUGACUGGCAAACAUGUUUUGACUGUAAAAAUGUUUGUCGUCUUA